AUGGUAGGCAAACUCAUCGAUUGGUUUGCAUCGUACUUGCAUGGCAGACAGCAAAGCCGAGUUGUAGUUGAUGGUAUCCAUUCAGAAUGGCUUGAUGUAUCAUCAGGGGUACCGCAAGGAUCUAUUCUAGAUCCCAUGUUAUUUUUGACUUAUAUAAACGACUUACCUAAGUACACAGUCCAUCACUCUCCAAUUGCCAUGUUUGCAGAUGACUCUAAACUUUUCAGAAUUAUAAAAGACGAG